UUGCACGAAAUUGACUCGACGACAUCCCAUUCACAAUUGCUGUCGCCAUCUAAUACAACGCCACAAUGUUCCGCGCCACGCCCUCCCUCCAAAAAACCCUCCGCCGCCUACCCCUCUCGCCCAAGCAAGCCGGCGUAGAAUACUACAAGGGCAACCGCGUGGGCAACCUAGGCAGCAUAGACGAGUACGGUAACUUCGCGCCCGACUGGGCCAAGAUUAGGACCUAUGUGUAUCCGCUGCACGGCACCAAGAACACCGAGUUGACGCCUUUCGUCGGUUUGUCCAUUGAGACGACGCGCCGCUCUGACAUGGGCGAGUCGGAAAAUUACCCCAAGAGGUUCACGGGCGAGGAUUAUUUGCGCGCGUGGAAGACGGCUGGCGGGCAUGAUUUGGUUGAAGGGCAGGGGGAGGCGGGGCCUAGGGUUAAUAUGCCGGAGCCGUUUGAGGAGAAGACUGGGACGAAAGCUUAGGGAAAGAGAUGUGUUAUGGGAGAUAGGAAGUUGAAACUUGAAGCUUGACGCUUGAGGCUUAAAGCGUGGAGCGUAAAGUUGAGUUGAAGAAGAAGGCGAAGGGAGAAGAUACGACAGCAUUGCAAGGCGUUUUCGACUAUGGGGCACCAAUGGGGAGGGUAACUGUAACUGUAAGAGAAGGAGCUGUGAUCAUAUCAUCUCAUAUCAGUCAAAAAGAAAUGGCCACUGGAACUGUAAGAGGAGGUGCAGUCUUUGUAACCUUUUAGUUCAAAGAGAAUGGCUUUUCUCGUUUUAAACGACUCAGACAGCAACGUACCAUCGAACUUGCUUCAGCUUGAUGAGUUCUUGGUUUUAGAAAGACCAAUAAACCAUAAAACAUUUUCUCUACUUCCAGCGUCAAAAGCGUACAGGAAAGUAAACACUUCAAACAUGAUACAUGGAUAUUCACAUCCACACAGCAAAGUCAUUUCAGAAUUAUAUUU